ACCACACUUCCCGGGGAUGAGGUGGAGAAGCUGGUGGUUCUGUGGCCACGAGAAGAGGUCGUGGCGGUUGACACUCCAUCGCCUAUUCUCGUGUUCGCAAGCUUCUUCCCCACCUACAAUUUAGCUCCGAUGCUCCACGCAAGAACAGGUCAAGCAACGAUGCGUCUCUCCAGGCUGAACGUUUCUUACUUGGGCAGAGGAUUUAUUAAGCUUGUGAUCUUGCCAUUUAAUUGGCCAUCCACAUAUCAUUUCCUUUCCCUUUUGAUCCAAAGAUUUCCGCCCACCUGUAGCUCUCAAGAGAAUUCCUGAUCAUCGUAAAUGGCGACCCAAGGACUGAACCCUAGCAAGAACACCAGGAGGGAGAGAUCACCAGAGGACGCCAAGAGUGCUGCCGCACUGGCCAUCGACUCGCCCCGCCACGGCGACUCCCGGCCGAUGCUCACCAAGCAAGCCAGCCAGAGAGCCAGCUGCCUGUGCUCGCCGACCACCCACGCCGGGUCCUUCCGCUGCAGGCUCCACCGGAACUCUCUCCAUCACUCCAGCGGCUCCGUCGGCUCCGGCUUGUCUGAGCUUGCCGAGAAAAUUAAGUUCCGGUAGGGACAUGGCGGUGGUUCUCUUCCGUGUCUCCCAUGGAGGACGCAAGCGCUGCUCAUCUUCUUCCUUAAUCAUCUCGGUGGAAACUGUUCUUUGUGCCUUUCCAUGGAGUUCUUGUUCUCUGUGUAUAUACAUUGGAUGACACUGUAAUCUGUGGUGUAUGUCAUGUAACUGAUCUCGUUCUUUCUCUGUACAAUCAUGCUCUUCCUUCUCUGAUGUUUCUUGCUGUCAUCCACUGUUGCGAGUGAGGAUUAAAGUGUCAGGACUCAGAUUACAGCUUUAAUGGCCUUAUCUUCCAUGAAGAAAAGAGCAGACAACAUGGGAGCCACCGGUUGAUCAUUUAGCGCAGACAAGAUGAUGCAGAUUUGUACGAGACGGCAGACAACCUCAACCAGAAGAAUCACAAUGGAAGUGGACUGCCGCCAUGAUCUCGAUGAGGGAGGAGAGAGCGCCUUAGAGGGCAGCACAUGCUCGACAGCGAGAUCCCAACUUCAGAGCAGGAAGGGACGUGGAAUAUACUUUGUUAGUGGAGUGUGGGGGAGACAACGGUAGGUGUUCACUGUGGAGGUAUCUCCUUCUUCCACCUCUUUGUGGAGUAGCUCCCACCAUGAGGCUUCAAUCAUGGAGCACCAAAGGCGAGAGUCGGGGUGGAGUGGGAGGCAUCCUUUGGCAUUUCAAUGAGCUUAUGAUGCAUCUCACUAUGGAGUUUGUGCACAACAAAAUACUCCAUUUCAAUCAUAAGACAUUGGCCACAAGAUUCUUCUGCCUCUGCUGUUUCAAGGGAGUGAUGAUGCUGCCUGCUCUACUGAAAAGCUUGCCAUGGUUUACCAGUUGGAAGGAAUCUAUACGAGCUGGGGUUGUGACAAAGGGGUUUUCCUCCACUGCUAGCAUCCCCAAUGUUCUUGAGGUAAGCUUUUUAGGACACUUCAAAACAGAGACCCAAAAUCCAGCCUCUCUCUCUGUCUCUCUCUAUGUAUGUGGAUCCACCAUCUAUCUCUACUUGUUCAUGAUAUAUUGAUAUACUCGUCACUAUUGAAAAUAAUCUACAUGCAAGUUGUGGUUUAGACCAAAGAAAAUUUCUCCACCAGCAGAUCACCUACUUCCCUUUACUUGAGUAUUGGUGAGAGGCACUGAAGCCACAGGCUGUUGAUAUGCUGAGAAUGAACAUUUGCAGCAUUUAAAUGGCUGAGGUUCAAGGACGACAGAAUCACUGAUCUGUAGUGGAAGAUCUCAUGUCAUUUGUGGAAGGGAAGAACCACAGCAGUAAGGAUGAAGUACAUGAAACUUGGAAUAAAGCCAGACACUUUCUACACAGGGGAAGCUACAAGAUCAGUGCUAUCAGAUGUUCCAACUGAUCUCAUCAUUCAUGUUAAUAGCACCAAAUACCUCUUGCAUAAGUUUCCACUUCUGCCGAAGUGCGGUUUCAUCCAACGCCUGUGCUCCGACACCGACACCGACGCCGGCCAAGCAAUCCCGGUGGCUCUUCAUGAUGUUCCGGGAGGGGAAGAAGCCUUUGAGCUCUGUGCCAAGUUCUGCUACGGCAUCACCAUCAACCUCAGCGCCCACAACUUUGUGGCAGCACUGUCUGCAGCAAAAUUCCUGCGCAUGACCGAGUCGGUGGCCAAAGGAAACUUCAUCGCCAAGCUCGAGUACUUCUUCGAGUCAUGCGUCCUCCAAGGCUGGAAGGACUCGAUCAUGGUGCUCCAGUCCAUGUGGAGACAGUCCGGGUGGUCGGAUGAACACAGGAUCGUGCAGCCAUGCAUGGAUUCCGUCAUCGAGAAGAUCCUCAUCCAUCCAUCGCAGGUUACAUGGUCCUACACCUACACGAGGCCAGGCUACAAGAAGCAGCGACAUGGCGUCCCCAAGGACUGGUGGACCGAGGAUGUUUCCGAUCUCGACCUCGAUCUCUUUCGAUCAAUCAUCUCCACCGUCAGAUCCACCAAGAAGCUCCCUUCGGCUCUCGUCGGCGAAGCCCUCCAUGUCUAUGCCUGCAGACACAUACCGAGCCCACUGGACUUCCAAGCUCAGAGCUCUGUAGCACGAACUGACGAAACCCCGAGCAAGCACCGACGAGUGCUCGAGGCCAUCGUGAGCAUGAUCCCGACCGAAACAGCAUCCGUCUCCGGCAGCUUCUUGCUGAGGCUUCUUAAGCUUACAAUCUACGUCGGAGCCUCUCCGUCUACCAAAGCCGAGCUCGUGAGACGAUCAGGUCGCCAACUGGAUGAAGUCACUGCAAGCGAUCUGCUUCUUCCGGCGGGCACAAACGCCCAGUCUCAUGACACCGGCAUGGUGAAGGCAAUCCUGGAGAGCUUCCUGCUGCAACUCCGCCGACCGAUGCCCCGAGAGGAGACCGAAAGGAUGACCAUGUCCGUGACCAAGGUGGGGAGGACCUACGACUCCUACCUGCGGAUCAUUGCAAGCGAGGGUGGUUUACCGGCGUCGGAGUUCAUCAAGCUCGCAGAGUCCCUGCCUCAAGUGUCAAGAGAGCAACAUGAUGGGCUCUAUGAAGCCAUUGAUACCUACCUAAAGGAGCACCCGGAGUUGAGCAAGGCAGAGAGGAAGAGACUCUGCAGAAUGAUCGACUGCCGGAAACUAUCGCCGGAAGCACUUGCAGAUGCUAUAGCCAACGACCAGCUGCCACUGCGCACAAUCGUGCAGCUUCUGUUCGUCGAGCAAGAGAGGGUUGGAGGCGGCGGCGGUGGUCAACACGCUCCUGUCAUCUCAUCCAAGACCGAGGUUUCAGUGGCCAAGAUAGCUCAAGACGAGGUCACAAGCUCCAGAAAUGGACCGGAGGGUGGACACAGAGCCGAGAAAACGAAGGUGGUGCCAUCACCAUCCGAAUCCAAGAUAGCAGAGGAGGAGAGGAAGGUGAAGGCUGGAGGACUCGCCACCAAGCUCAAGACCAAGUGAACCGAGUCAAGUCAAAGUCAAAAUCGAUGAGGAAUAUGGUGACUGACAUGCUACGAUCAGUUGAUGAUGUUUGAAAUGGCAUGACAAUGUGAGUUUUAUCAUCCUCCUUCUGAAGGAUAAUGUUUGCUUGCAGAGGUAACACAGCAGCCGCCUCCAAAAUCCAUGUCAUGAUUCAUGAAUAAAUAGUACCAUUAAUUCUUUCUCA